AUGCAAGACCUCAAGAAGAUUCGCAAGCGCCUGCGCCAGGAGGUCGACGCUGCCGACGCGCCCAUCAAGGCCCUCGAGUAUCACGCCGACGAUAUCAAAAAGGAAGCCAAACGCCGACGUUUGUGCUUGCUGCAAAUCGCGGCCGACUUGCGGAAGGCCACCGAGCUCGUCGAAUCGUCCGCCAAGACCAACUUGUAUGUCGCCGACCUAAUCAAUGGGCUGUUCAACAGGAACUUCAUCGGCGAGGAUUUGGCUCUUGGCAGGCUCUUCGACACCAUUACGCAAAAAAGGGCCAUCGACUUACUGCGUGUCAUCAAGAAACACGAGGAAACGACGUCCUUGCAGCAGGCAGAGGCGCCCUGCGGAGUCGAUUCGCGGCUUUACGAACUCAUUCGAGGCAAGAUCAAGGACAUUGUCGACGUGUGCUACGAGACAACGUUGGAGAGCCAUCCCUACCUGGCUACCAACAAGACGGACCACGACGGCGAGUUUGAGUGUUUUGCAGGGGAAAAGGUCUAUCUCUUGGGCUCGGCGCAAGAUGGUGCAGUGAAGGCCGUGGAGGAAUGGCGGCGACCUGAUUACGAUGCGUUUGCGCUCCUCAACUGGGCGAACGCGAACCGCGACGGCUUUCCUGCCGCCGACUUCGAGCUCGCCACGGUCGAGGACAAGAGGAGAAAAGCAUACGCCCACGACUCCCUCACUCUGAAGAUUCCGGCGGUGCUUGUGUUUGUCAACCCGCUCGAGCCAUUGACCACCGCUGCUGGCGACGACGACGGCGAAAGCGAUGACGAAAGCGAUGAGAAGGACAGCGACGACGAUGACGAAGAGAAGGACGACCCAGAGAUAAGCGAUGAAGCGGCAAACACAACAACAUCAACGACGGUUUAG